AUGGACGCCGACGACGUCGAAGCAUUCAAGAUCUUUAAGCGAGAAGCCCAGUCAGUGAAAUUCAAUUAUAUCACCAAUGCAUCAAUUCAAAGCAUAACCUCAGUAGAUAGCAAGUUCUUCCACUUCGCCAUUUGUGAGAGUGAGAACAUUAUUGUCUCCAACGUGAAGAUAUCAGCACCUGGUGACAGCCCUAACACCGAUGGAAUCCAUGUUAGCAACUCGAAAAAUAUCAAAAUAUUGAACUCCAGCAUUGCCACUGGAGAUGAUUGUGUAUCCUUAGGUCCUGGGAAUACAAACGUAUCCAUUUCUGGUAUUUCAUGUGGACCUGGCCAUGGAAUUAGCAUCGGAAGCCUUGGAAAAUACCCCAACGAAAAGACCGUGAAAGGAAUUUUUGUGAGAAACUGUACUUUUAGCAACACCCAGAAUGGUGUGAGGAUCAAAACAUGGGCUCCUUCCCCACCCAGCAAAGUUACUGGAGUUACUUUUCAAGAUAUUGUUAUGUACAAUAUAGACAAUCCCAUUAUCAUUGAUCAACAAUAUUGCCCUUCCAAGCCAUGCAGUGCCAAGGGAGAUUCUCUGGUUCAAAUCAGCGACGUAAACUACAUAAACAUUCAAGGGAGUUCGAGUUCAAAAGUUGCAGUGAACGUGCAGUGCAGCCCAAGUUUUCCAUGCCAAGGAAUUAAAUUCAAUGGCAUAAACAUAAGCUACAGUGGCCAAGGAGGACCAGCAACUGCCUCAUGUUCUAAUGUCAAAGCAUCUUUUCAGGGACAACAAAUUCCUCCCCCUUGUGUUUAG